ACAUGUUCUAAUGAAAACAACAGGGUUAUUUAGUAAUCAAUAUUCUGAACCAGCUUACUCAAAUAUUGUGAAGAUGUAGAAUGCAGAUGUCAACAAAGCCAUGGAGGAGAAGAUAUCACUAAAGACCGCUUCGCUGUUACUACCUCCUUGUAAAGUGUGUGAUGGGAAGGCAUCAGGAAUUCAUUAUGGAGUCAACUCUUGUGAGGCAUGCAAGGGCUUUUUCCGGAGAUACCUCUCCCGCAAGGAACCAUAUAAAUGUUCCAAAAAAGGAAAGUGUGUGAUUACGGACAGCCCACGAGGGAACUGUUCCGCUUGCCGCAUGGAGAAAUGUUUACGACUGGGCAUGUCCAAGGAAGCCGUUCGUCAGGGCCGUUAUACAUUGACAGAGCGCACAAAAGCCAUCAUGGAGGUACAGAAGCUACAACAGAAAGUUGAGGAAUAUCCAGUUCCUCAGGAACCAACUAAAAACAACUUUGAGAGCUCCCCGGAACAGAGUCAACCUGAGCAGAGUCCAGACUCUGGAAUCGAGUCUCAAAUUAGUCCUGCUGACUUGGACACUCUUGAAAAUUCUGUGAUAUCAAAUACCCCUGUUGAUUCACCUUUCACAGUUCACAUCCGUGAGGAUCGCAACAUGAUGGAGGUUUCCUCUGAUUCGCAAUCAGAGUUUACCAAAGAAAGUGGACCUUUACAGGUUGGCAGCACAGACAGUCAGAACAUUCCAUCUAUUUUGAAUGAUUUAAUUCCAAAACUUACAAAAUCUGCUGAAGAACUCUCACCGGUGUCGUCAAAACUCACAGACCAGGAAAUUCACUCCCUGCACAUGACUGCUUUGAAUAAGUUCCGUAUGAAAGAGGAAAUGUUUGGGUCCAUGGAACCAGUUUCUAUAGAAGAAUAUAAUCACUUGUACGAAGCUACGGGUCUAGACGUUGAUGGACGACAAAGUCGUCUUCAGCGGUGUCGCAGCUUCUUUGAAGGAACCAUAAAACAUUAUGUCCAGUUCUCGCGCGUCAUUCCAGAAUUCCCUGACCUUCCCGUGCCAGAUCAGUCAUCACUUCUUAAAGCGGCACGCUUUGAGUUUUUCAUGUUAUUGGAGUAUCGAGCUGUUGACCCUGACCUCCAGAUGGUGCUGACGAUUGGUGGGGAUGUAUACCACAUCAACGAAGCCAGUUUUUACUUUCCAAAAGAAAUCAUGUUAUCCUGGUUUGAAUUUUCACGGGUUAUUCGGCGCCUCAACCUCAGUGACAAAGAAAGAGCUCUGGUCCUUGCUAUUUCUUUGGUGUUUAGAGAUCGUUGUAAACUGGAAGACCCAGAGAGAGUAGAAAGAAUACAGCUGACCUUGAUUUCUUACCUGCGCCAUGUUUUAAGGGAACGGUAUGGCCGACAGGAAGUAUAUGUAUUCUCUAAAGUUAUGAACAUGUUCUUGUCUUUCCGAGAACUAACAGAGAGCUAUAUGAAGCAAUAUCAGAAACUUUGUAAAGAUAAAUUUCUUCCCAAGCAGUUCCCAGAAAUGCUGGAGUUUUUGUUUGAGGAUGAUUAAAUAUAUAUAUAUAUAUAUGUUUAUUGAUACUGCUGUUGAGCUGUGAUUGUCUGUAGAUUCCAAUUGUGUUAUUUCAUUUGUCACAUCGCAAUUUCAUGGCAUCAAAUUCAUUUUGAUGUUAAAAAAAAAAAAUUAAAAUUAAAAAAAAAUGUCUAGAAAUAGAAAUUUUUUAAAGAUUUCAUAUCACCCAGAGAAAUGCUGUUGUGAUUCAUACUGACAAGAACAUCUUAGUUAUGUGAUUAACAGUGUCUUACAUGAAUUGAUGUUUGUUAUAAUGAAAUCAAAGAGAUUGUUCCACAAUUUCAAUUGCUCACAAGAUGCUCCCUGAAAUGUUAAUGGGAUGUUCCGCACAAGUAAGGGUUUCAUGAUAUGGUUUGAUGAAAACUGUACAUCUGUGUAGUUCAUUAAAAUUGUAUACCACAAAUAACCAUUUAAACAAAUAUGAAAUUUAAUUUGAGGAAAUUCUUUACAGAUCUAAGUAGAUCACUUUUUAAAAUGUUUGCAUGGUCCCGAUUGUGUCGUAACAGGUUUCCUUUGUUUUUAAGUCAAACAGGAUGAAAUAUUCGUGUAAAUCAUGAAAUCGGUCGAGUGAAGUAAUAAAACUGUAACCCCAGCAGAAAUUUUAGUGAACAGGAUACACACUAGUGUAUUCUCUCUAUAUACUCUACAUAAAAUCUAGGAUCCAGUGACCUUUCAGUUCCAGAUUUCCGUAUGCGUUAUAUUUAGACAGUUUGGCGGAUUUAUCAUUUUCAACAAUUUCGCCUGGUAGAACUAAUCGCAGGAAAGAUAUUUUGAUGCUAAAAAUAGAUCUAAAGGUCUGUAGAAUGAGUUCUUAAAAGAUACAGAACAAACAGAAAUUUUUUAACUUGGGCGGAAUAUCCCUUCAUAAUAAAAUCCUUGACUCAUCUUCAUUUUCAUCAGUUUUUCAUGAAGUGUGGAUCGUGAUUCAGAUUUAUAUCUAAGAUACUAGUAAUGUUUUACGUACGAAAUAACACGGUUUACGAUUUUGUAGCUUUACUGAUAUCGUAUUGAUGAUAUUUGUUUCACCAUAACAAGGCCUUAGUUUAAUUCUUAUCAGACUCCCAUGAUAUCGUCAUGUGAUCAUAAUCAUGUGACCGUUCUGAGACAUUUGGUGGAAUUGUCCUUGAAGGUACUGUAACAGUCAAGUACAAGGUUGACCAACUAGCUUAGCAUAUAUAUUUAACAUGAAGACUACUAAACAAGUAUUUCGACAACUAAAUAUUAGAAAAAAAUGAAGUACAUUUGCUUUGAAUUUCUCUUUACUUAUUCCCAUAUUUAUUGUGACAUCGUCAUCAAUGUUGAUCUCAUAUUCAGUCACACAAACUGUAAAAACUUACUGUCAGAUCUUUUUAUCUCGAACUUCUUUAACUUGAAGGCCCUGUAUAAUUUAAAGUAUUUCAUUGGUCACGGCCAAAUUUUGCACUUAACAUUUGAUCUUGCUUAAAUUGAAUAAUCGGAUGAUUCAAUGUUUUCCAAAGGUCCCGCUAACUUCGAGAUAGCAAGGUUUGACUGUAUAUAAGAUUAAUCUUGUCAGCACCUGAUUGUAUAUGCAAGUCAUCAAAUAUCAGUUAUUCUUUGUAAAGAUAUGAUAAAAAUUUUGUAUUAUAAAAUUUAUAAAUCAAUGAACGUCCAAAUAUAGCUGUGCUUUAGACUUAAUGAUUUUGUUUACAGUAAAUAGAUUAGUUCUGUGUAGAAAGAAAACCAAAAGUGUCUCCAUGGUCAUUGUUUUGAUCUAUGGACAGAAUUUGGUUCUCUUGUGUUCUUUAGUUAUUUACCUUUAUGCGUAGCAGUUUUACACAGGUACAUAAAUUUAAAAUUAUAUUUACACUUAUGCAAUUUUUUUUUUUAGUAAACA